CGUUAUCCAUCACUGUGAUUGUAAGCAGCUGUUUUCAAACGACGCGCGACGCGUUCCCCUUUGAAAGUGCAGUUGCUUUGGUUGGUAGUCCCGUUGGUUUUGUUCAAAUUUCUUCAGAUUGGAUCAAUUGGUCGCUAAUUGCAAUUAAUAUUGGAAAACGUAUCACUCAUACUGAAAUGGAAAGUGCUCCAAAUGAAUUGAGUGAUUUCGACAAAACGGAAUUGGUGAGAUGUGGAGAAAUACUUGCAUCUUCCAAACAAAAGGAAUUUUGGUUUGGUUGCGUCCAAUGCAAUGGAGUCUUCUCACAGAUGCCCACUUUUGCACGUCAUCUACAAUGGGCACACCAGUCUGAUGAGUUACUUGGUGAUGAAAUUAAGCUUAAGGAUAUGAGCGUCUACACCGUAGAGGAAUUGUUGAGCUAUAAUGAUGCUACCACGAAUGUCAACGGAGAUGUUUCAACUGAUGCAGGGAUCGGAAAAUCCAACGCAGACGACGAUAAUGAUACAGGAAUCGACAGCGAUGUGGAACUAGAAAAGGAGAUAGAAGAAUUAUUGACUAGUAUGGCUACUACAGACACGUCCAGCGGUCAUGAUACUGAAUGUUCCCAAAGUGAUUCUGGCGUUGAAAGCAGAAAUAACACUGAUCAAUAUUAUAAUGCAUCAAAUCAAUUAAAUGACAUGCAUUACAAAAAGGGCCAAAAAACCGAAGUUGAUAUUUUGGUGGAGAAUAUUGGGAAAACUCCUUUUGACGAUGAAACAAACAAUUUACAAACUACCGUAGAGGUUUUGGAAUCGGAAGACUUUGAUAGUAUGGAAGAUGAUAGCUCUUUGUGUCCAGAGGAGACGAUUUCUACAACUGAAUCCUUAAGCAAUGUAGGUGAGUCUACAGAUGAUGGAAUACAUAUGAAUUAUGCUGAAUCAAGUAUUGAAAAAUCAUCAAAAGUAGAAGAAAAUUAUCAAGCCUGUGAAGAGGAAUUGUACUAUCGCAUAGGCGAUGAAAAACGGUCAACUGGCCAGGGUGAAAAAACGACUUGCAAAGGCAGUAUUUUUAAAAUCCUUAAUAGUAACGAAGAGGGUAUAUUCAAUACUGAGAAUGUAAACAUAAAUAAAAAAGAUCAAGGUAAUACUGUAAUUAAAGAGCACGCGUCGACAGUUAAACAUGAAGAGAAUUUACUUGGUUUGGACAAUGAACGCUAUGAAGAAUUAGAUAUGCUGAGCAAUGGAGAGAUAGAAUGUGGGCGAGAUAUUUUCGAAGACUCACCAUUCAUAAACGUGGUAUUAUUGGGUGUUGAUGAACACGUGCAAGACGAGGACCCAAAGAAUGAUGAUUUAAGCUAUGUUCCUAAAUCUGAUGAGUUGUCGCAUCAAGAUGAACAAUCUACUACCAAACGGGGGCAAUGCGAAGAGCCUUAUGUAAUUGCAGAAAUUGACGAUGAAUUGGCAGAAAUUCAAUUUUCAAAGGAAGAAAUAGAUCAGAUGAAAUCGUGCAUGCCUGAUGUGUCUCUAUUCAACGUAAAAGAGACUGAAUUGGAUUUUAAAAUAAGCACAACAAAUCUGAGUGGUUUUCAAAUGGAAUAUGUGGGUUUCAACGAAAGCGCUGCAUCGAACGAAUGUGCUUUGUCAAACGUGGUGGAGGCCGAGGUUGCCGAGGAGCCUCUCGAUCUUAGCUUCGACAAGAACGCGCUGGUAAUUGACGUUCAAUUGCAAGACAACUCGGAACUGUUUGGUUGCGCUAAUAAUGCGGAAACAUCGCUAGAUUUAAUCACAACACAAGAAGACAUGUUAAUGGCAAAUAAGUCGAUCUCUACUGAUAACACCAAUCUAUCAAUUGAAUACAACAAAAUGCAUUGUUGUCAGAGCAUAGAAGGCCAUCGAUUGCCUCCAUUUUCAAAAAUUUUUAGAAACACUGCAAACACCUUGAGAGCUAACAACGGAUUUCUGGCGCAAUCUACACCUAAGCAAAAACAAGCGAAUUCAUCUAAUAAUAAAACCGUACAUCUUUUGAAACACUCUGCUCAAACGGUCUUAGAUGAAAAAAAUCCUCAAGGUGCAAACGAGUUGGCACAAAAUCCUGAAGACGUUGAAAAUGUUACUCCAUCGCCAAAAAGCAGCGAUAUACGAAAUUGUCCCCAGCGGAAGUGCAAAAUUUUGAAGCGAUUUGGAAAGUCAUACGAAAAGGAAAAUAAACCCAAGAAGAAAAAAACGGAUAUUCUUAUUACCAAAGAAGAUGUUGAAGCAACAGAUUCUGUCGAAAAACCAGAAAUACAAAUUUUGAGCGUUGAUAUUGUAGUUCCAGGGGAAAUUACAUUCACUAAUAAUUCGUCUCCAAUUAAACCAAAAACUGAGGAAUACCGAGCUGUUGAAAAGCUGGUAACUCGAACCGAAAAAUGUGAAACGAUCGCAUGUAGCGACAAAUCCCAAUAUGCAGCUGACAGCACCAGUGAGUAUCCUGCAACGUCUUUUAGUGAAAUCAACUAUACUCCAGAAGAUACGCUAAAUCAAUUGAAAUUAGAUGCUGCUACUGAUAAACAUCUGUUUGAUUCGAUAAUGCAAAAUAGUUUAAACGAUACGGCCCAGUUAAAUUGCAAUAUUAACCAGUCAUCAUUGAUUGACGGAAACAGUUCAUUGGAUGAGAGCAUACCCUCUACCGCGUCUGAGGAAGAAAGGGAAAACUAUGUGCUUCUACGAUCUAUAGGGUUAAAAAUCAUUGCGGAUGCCAAUGCGGAAGACGGUUUGAAACUAGAACAUUUAGAGACUAUGCGGUCAAAGGCGAGCGACUUUGCAAAAAUAUAUAUCGACUUCAAGUAUCUCUGGAAAGUUGGUAGCGGAAUUAAGAGUUAUGAAGAAUUGGAGCUAGAUUUCAAUAAGCUAAUGCAUCGCAUAAAUGAGAAAUUUGAACUUGAACUAACGAUUGCUCACACGAAACGCAUUAUUAAUCUCAUUUCACUGUGGUACAUGCAAACCUAUCACAAAUGGUUGAUUGACAAGAAACCUGCAGUAGAUCCUAUUUGCCAUUAUUUACAUCUCUUUAUGUACCUUCCAAAGACCGCGCGGCGCAUCUUCUACUGCGAGGAGUGCCCACGUUAUUUCCUCGCUCAACAAAAAUACCUUUCUCACCGUGAAAAACACAUGGCCAUAACGCCGUCUUGCCCAUAUUGCCAAACAACUUUUGAUAGCCGUGGAACACAGCUGCUACACACUACAAUUUGCAGUACAUUUAAAUGCAUAGAGUGUGCUAAUAAAUUUGAAAACGCUGCGAGUUUGGAGUACCAUGUGCGCAGCAAGCACUUGCUUCAAUGCGAAAAGUGUGGAAAGUUAUGCUCUAAUGCAGCAGAUUUAGACUGGCAUGAGCACCAAUAUCCUAUAGUUUGUGGCCUAUGCAAUCGACUUUUCGAUACGCCGACGGAUUUACAAAAACACCGUCAAGAUUCCUUUCAUUGGGACUACACCUGCCGGACAUGUGAAGUGUUUUUACCCACAGCCACUCAAAUGAAGCAACAUCUAUCGGUUUGUAGCGGUAACUAAGCUCAGUCAUAUAUGAUUUUCACGAUUAAAUGAAUAUUAUUUAAGUGCAUGAAAAAGUUCAGUAUUUUAGUUCUAAGUAGAGAAAUGAAUUUAUUUUUAAAAUAUUAUUUACAAUGUGUUGGUUUUUUUUUUAACUUAAUAAAAGUAUGUAAUGAAGAGCAUGACAUUGACAACCAAAAGCUCAGAUCAUUUUAAUUGUCGAUAUAAAAUGUCAUAAAGUUACAAACA